AUGAGAUCCCCUCGCCAUGGUAAUGGAUAUGUACCAUUCGUGGACUUAAUCGCACUAGAAAAGGUCGACGAGACGACAUACCGCAGCACUGCUCUCCCCUUCUCGCCCAAUGGCUCUGGAAGAGCGUAUGGUGGCCAUGUCUAUGCUCAAGCCGUCUGGGCAGCGGCGAAGACGGUCGAAGCUGGCUUUGUGAUACACAAUGUCACCGGCUUCUUUGUCCUUGCCGGUGAUUCUUCAAUUCCAUUCAUCUACCGAGUUCAAACCAUCCGCAACGGCCGGUCGUAUUGCACUCGCUUGGUAAACGUCACCCAAGCCGAAGGCAAUGGGAUAUGCUUUACGUGCACUUGCUCGUUCAAACUGCCGGAGGAGAGUCAUUUCGAUGUCCAAGAGAAGAUAGAUCUAGCCCAACAGUAUGGACAUGUCCUUGCCGAGAAGAGGCCAGAAGACUGGGAAGAAGUAUCCGGCAUGGACGUGCCUUGGUAUACGAAUCGUCGAAAACUCACAGGUCGCAAUGACGAAUUCCCUGGUCUUGAAUGUCGUAAGGUCGACAUGACAUCGCACAACGCCUCCCUCUCUCCGUUCGACCGUCGCCAAUUGUUCUUCUACCGCGCCAUUGGCAAUCUCCCUCCCGACCCGAACAUUCACGCAUGCGCGCAUCUUUACGCGUCCGAUCGUAACUCACUCUUCAUUGUAGCCAGACACCUCGAGAUCAGCGACAAGUUCACGCACAUGGCCAGUCUGAGUCACACUGUCGUCUUCCACUGUCCUAGCUUGCUGCUCAUGAUGCAAGAUCAAGAGAGUGGUGAAAGAACGUGGUUCACCCAGGAAGUGUGGACGACGCGUGCAGGUGGGGGACGCGGGAUGCAUCACAGUCGCAUUAUAGGGCCUGGAGGAGCAGACGUGGCCAGCACCUUCCAAGAAGGCAUGAUAAGAUACGAGAAGGCAUACAAGAAGUCGCUAGAACGACUGUAG